UCGAUUUCACUCCGCGUCAGUUUCGUGUUUUUUCACAAUUUGCCAAUUUGUUGUUCCCCCGUGGGCAUUUUUCCGAAGUAUCUAACAUGUCGACCAUCGUUGCUGACCCAUCCGUUCUUACAAAAGAUCGCCUGAAAUCAGACCUACAGUCGCACAACAUUCCUCUCCCUUCUGGGGACGCAAGAAAAGAUGCCUAUGUGAAGCUGUAUUUAAAACACCUGACCCCGUUGAUAGCAAAGAAACACAGGGAUUCUCCUAAGAGAUCUGAAUUUUCCAGCGAUGAGGAAAGUACACCGCGGGUUAGAGGCGAACGGAAGAAAACUACCAAAAAAAGUAGCAGUAGCAGAGUAAUUAGUAGAGAUGACAUUGAAAUUGAGAAAGAUGUCGCUAAUUUAUCUGAUACAGAGUUAGCCAGUGCUCUCCAGGAGCUGGGAGCUACCAUUGGACCUAUUACUGCUACCACCCGUAGUGUAUAUGAGCGUAAACUGAUAAAACUAAGAUCAGGUCAAACUCAAAUAGAGCAGGAUGAAGAAUCAGAUGACUACAGUGACAGUGAUGAAGAUGUUCCGAAUGUUGUGCAGUUAAUGCUCAAAGCACAACAUGAUUGCAAAGAGUGGAUCUUCUUUGUGGAACAAAGUCCUGUGCACGUCUAUGAUGAGUUUAACUACAAUUGCUAUAUUGGCAGAGCUCAGAAAGUAGGUGGCUAUAAUGGCAGAGCUCUGAAUAGAGGUGGGUAUAUUGGCAGAGCACUGGGUAGAGGUGGCUAUAUUGACAGAGAUCUGAAUAGAGGUGGUUAUAUUGGCAGAGCUCAGAAAGUAGGUGGUUAUAUUGGCAGAGCUCAGAAAGUAGGUGGUUAUAUUGGCAGAGCUCAGAAAGUAGGUGGUUAUAUUGGCAGAGCUCAGAAAGUAGGUGGCUAUAUUGGCAGAGCUCAGAAAGUAGAUUGCUAUAUUGGCAGAGCUCAGAAAGUAGUGGUUAUAUUGGCAGAGCUCAGAAAGUAG